CCUCCUGUGCCCGACCGGUUGGCAGUGGACACAGCAUCUACUGAGAGAAACCUAUACAUAACACAAAAAUGGUCGAAUGGACAGACUUCGAGCGCUCCACCAUCCAGAGCAUCUUCUCCAAGAUCGAUAAAGAUGUUGUGGGUCCUGCAGCUCUUGCCAGGUGUCUCAUCGUCUACCCCUGGACUCAGAGGUAUUUUGGUACCUUUGGAAACCUCUACAAUGCUGAGGCGAUAAAAAGCAAUCCCAAAGUGGCCGCUCAUGGAAAGGUGGUCCUGGCUGGUCUGGAAAGAGCUGUGAAGAACAUGGAUGACAUCAAGAACACAUACAAAGACCUGAGUGUGUUGCACUCUGAGAAACUGCACGUGGACCCCGACAAUUUCAGGCUCCUGGCUGACUGCCUGACUGUUGUUGUUGCUGCUGAGCUGGGAAAAGACUUCACAGCAGACGCCCAGGCAGCUCUCCAGAAGUUCCUGGCCGUGGUGGUCUCCUCUCUGGGACGGCAGUACCACUAAAUGGCCUCAGCAGGAGAGCGUCGCUCCAGCCAGACCAACUCUAUUUGGUCUCUAAUAAAAAUAAAACUAGAAGCACCGUAAA